UUUUGUUUUUGUCGACAUUUGGAAAGUUGUUCUGUUUCCAUCAGGCUUGUCAUUAAAAUGUUUUGCCAGACAUUUUUAACUCGCAUUAAAAAAAAAAGUUGGAUGGAAACCGGGUUAGUGUCGUAGAAUAAACCGCCCAAGUUUGGCCCCCACCUAACUGCGGGUCGCCCAAAAGCGGGUAGCUGACCUCCAGAACGUAUGUACUUGAUCCUCACGGUAUUGGACCUGACGGAAUCCCUAUGAGAGAGGGCUGAGCUGAAUCCGGGGUGACGUAAUAACGUACUGUAGACCUGUUAUGCGCUGCCUCUGCGUUGUCGAGCGCUGGGCGCGAGCAAAAAACAACAUAUUCCAAGCGUCAGUGAUUAGGCCUAUUAUUCGCGUGAAUAUUGAGGACAAAGGACAAGGUGGAUACUAUUGACACGAUAAUAACAUCGUUGGCAACCUGCUUAAACAUGUACCACUCGGACCACAUAGUCGAUUUCCUUGACCUCUCCUUCACCAUCCCAAUCCCUGAAGCCUUGGGCCUAGCAUCAAACCACUGAACCAACCCCUUGCCCUAUAUCCCUCCACAUAUCCUAUACCCCCACCCCAGCACUCACACAGCCUUUUCCCCUACCCCCUGUCCAAACCCCCAUACCCGGAGGACCAUGGACAGCCCCUCCAAGCUGUCUGGCGAGACACUGAUCGUUCAUCACAUCCCCCUGGUACACUGCCAGGUGACCGGGGGUCGGCAGGGCUACAGCGGAGGAGGAGGGGGGUCCCCGAAGAGGUCGAACCAACCAGAGAACCUGGGCCUGAGCCCCACCACCUCCCUCCCUGAGCGAGAUGUACUCCAGAGGGAAGCCCUGGUGUACAGCAGCCUCAUCCAGACCUCUACAGGAGGAAGAGGAAGAGAAGGAAGAUGGGGAGGGGGAGGAGAGAGUGGAGGACAUAGAGGAGAGAGAGGAGGAGGACGAGGAGUAGGAGAACGAGGGAGAGGAGGAGGAGUAGGAGGCGGCAGCACAGGGAGCGAUAAUUUGUCUGUGACGUCCACUAACUCUGAGGACCAGGUGAUGGUGGACAACACUCUGCUCAGGGUGAAACCAAGGGAACAGGCCAACAACCCUCUCCGGCUCCGCCACAACCCUUUUCUGCUCAACACGGAGGAGGAGGAUGAUGACGAGGAGGAAGAGGACGAAGACGAUAGUGAUAAUCUCAACGGUUACCUGGAAGAUUCAUCCUUCCAUCUCCAUGGCAAUACAAACUCCGCCCUAGAUGAGGAGGGAGACGGGGUCACGCCUUUUCACCUCCACGACCUGGGGUUCACCACACACGAGCCCUUCCUGUUGCAAAGCACCCUGGGAAAGCACUCCUGGGGCUGCUCUGGGCGACGGGAUUCCCUCAGGGGUGUUGCCUCCGAUCUCUCCUCCCACCUGGAGGGCCUAGACCUGCUGGUAUUGGAUGGUCCUCGCCGGCACGGCAGUAGCGGCUCCACCCUCUCCAUGGACUGCGGAGAGCAGGAGUGGGCUGAGGAUGAUGAGGAGGAGGAGGAAGACCCAAUGAGGGAGGGUGGGAGAAGCAGUAGCCAGGCUGACUCGUCUUCCUCCAGCUCUGCCCACCAGCUCUGCUCCUGCUACGGCGUCUCACAGACGUUUCACGAACACUUCCCAGAACAGUUUUCCCAGUCGUUGGAAUGCCAGCUGGGCUACGGCAGUGAAUCGUCCUGCAACAGCUCGGAUGGCAUGCUGGUCAACUUCAGUGCCAUUUAUAACAAGAUCAAUAACAGUGUCCCUUCGACCUCCUCCGAGCCACCUCCUCCUGCCACGACUACCAACCUGAACAGUUCCACUGACCACUCCUACACCUCCUCUGUCUGCACCUCUUCUGUACUGGAUGGGGAGGCAGGGAGCCCAGGAAGAGCCAGAGACAGGGGUGCUUUCUACCUCGACCUCCACACUUCCCCCACCGAGCCCCCCAACUCUCAUCAACCAUCUUGCUCCUCCAAUAGCACCCGGUCGUUUGGACUCCACCCUUACACCAACACCUCCGCAUGCACCUGCUCAGCCGAAGCGGGGGCACUAGAUCUGGACGCCAACUGCAAUUCGUACCAGCCUCCCCACCACUCAGACUCAGGAAGUGACCUCACAUCCUGUCUGCAGAGCCCGGCCCGUCUCGUGGUAGCCACUCAGAACUACUACAAGUUGGUGACCUGUGACCUUUCAUCUCAGUCGCCACCGAGCCCUGUGGGAAGCUCCGCGUCGUUUACCAGCUGCUCUGACGAGCACAGCAAGGAAAGCCCCGCUCCCGACACGCCCAACACCACCCAGCCAACCGAAUACUACCUGUUCAGACGGCCACCUGGGGGAGAGGAAAAGGAGGCCGAAGAGGAAGAUGAGGAGGGAGAGUUAACACAGCGUGAUGAAAAUGAGGAAGAGGAUGAUGACGAGGAAGAGGAGAGGAAGAAGAGGGAGCAGCAGCAGAUGGGCGGAGCCUGUUCAGACCUCAUCAUCGAGGGACAGGUGUACAUUAACAUCUCCCCUCCCGUGGUUGACCGAGGACCCAUCGGAGGCGGGACUCCCCGUUCCCGUAGCUACGACCGGAACCUGGACAAGUCCCCGCCCCCUCGGCUUGGCUCAUUGGAGCACAUGCUGAGCUGCCCUGUUCAUCUCAGUGAGGGCGCCGUCCCCCUCGGCCCUCCCACUCCGCCACGGGUCACUUCCUUCGCUGAGAUCGCCAGGAGCAAGAGGAAAAACGGAGGAAGCACUGGCUCUCCUUCUCUCAGGACGGCGGGAUGUUCAGAUCCCUUCUCCUCCACCCACUCAGCCCACUCCCACUCCUUGGCCCACUCCCACUCCUCGGCCCACUCACACUCCUCGACCGACUUCUCCCCCAUCCUGGAGAACCUGGGUCAGGGUCCGAGCCACAGUGUGCCCUUCCAGCGCUGCUCCAGCCAGGGCAGUGUGGACCGUCCUGGUGGUGGCGCCAGAGAAACACGCUCCAUGGCUGAAGGUGGUCUCUCCAGCUCUUCGUGCAGCUCUGCUGUUGUCCGCUACACUAAAGACCAGCGUCCUACCACCCUCCCCAUUCAACCCUUCACCUUCCACCACCAGUUCUCCAAGCUGUCCCAGCCCAUUCUUCCCCUGCUGACGGGCUACGUUUCUGGGAUGCAGGCGCGGGGUGGAGGGCCUUCUGGAGGUCCAGAGGGGUCUGAUGGAGUCGACGACGACCGAUGGGAAGACUCUUUGCGUCAGAGUGGGGGUACGAUGGGUGCGAUGGUAUCAGCGGUGGCUCCGCUCGGCCCUGGCUCUGUCCGGCCCUCGCCGCUGGGUAGCUAUUCCCCCGUCCGUCUCCAGGGGCUGACCACUUCCUGUUCUACCUGCACCCCCAGCCCCCAGACUCCUCGCAGCCUCUCCUGCCCCCUGUCGGCCGAGCUCCUGCCCCUCCACCAUACCCAUCCACCACCAGUACGACUGGCGGCUGCCCCUCUGCCUCCCACUCCUCCACCUCCGCCCCAGGGGGUGAAGCGGGGUGCGGUGCCCCCCAUGCUGCCUCCGGUCCAGGGCCAGGUGCAGGGUCAGUGUCACCAGCACUACCACCGUGGGACCCUCCCCGUCCUGCCGGUCGUGCUCCAGGACAGUGAGAUUUCACUGCAAUACGAGGAGACGUCAGACUCUGUGGAGGGGAGCAGAGGACCAGGGUGCACGACACAACAUGGACACCACCUCUCUCCCCAGACUCUGAAAUGGAGGGAGUAUCGUCGUAGGAACCCCCUGGGGGUGGAGAGGUGCUCCUCUGGGGGAUCAGGCGUACCUGCCCUAUCAGGCAGUCUGGAUGGGAAUGGUCGUCGGGGCGUGGCCAGGGGACAGCGAAUCACACGACGGAAUGUGUUUGACUUCCCUCCGGCCUCUAGUGGCCACGCCCCCCUGGGACGACUCAAUGGCCAGUCUGUGAAGCAGCUGCAGCAGUACUACAGUGACUUCCUGCCAGACUACUUCUCCCUGACGGAGCGUCCUCCAGACGAGUUCUGUCUCUCUCCUGACGCCUCCUCUUCGUCAUCGUCCUCCACUUCCUCACAAUCCCACAUCUCUGUGAACCUGCAGCAGAAGAGAGGUUUAGUCAAAGCCAUCAAUACAGCGGUAGAUUUAAUCGUGGCUCAUUUUGGCACAAGUCGGGACCCUGAUGUUAAGGCGAAGCUGGGUAACAGUUGGGUGAGUCCCAACGUGGGCCACCUGAUCCUGAAGUACCUGUGUCCGGCCCUAAGGGAGGUGCUGGGGGAUGGGCUGAAGGCCUACGUCCUGGACCUGAUCAUCGGACAGAGACGCAACCAGCCCUGGAGCCUGGUAGAGGCCUCCACACAACUAGGCCCAUCCACCUGUGUUGUCCACAGCCUGUUCUCCAAGGUGUCCCAGUACUCAGAGCUCACCAGCCACAGCAUGAGACUCAACUCAUUCAUCUUUGGACUGCUGAACUUGCGAUCUUUGGAAUUUUGGUUCAAUCAUCUCUACACUCAUGAAGACAUCGUAGCGGCUCACUACCACCCGUGGGGUUUCCUGCCGUUGUCCCAGGGGCCGUGCCAGCCUCUCUUGGAGGAGCUCCUCCUCCUCCUCCAGCCUCUGUCUCUGUUGCCCUUUGAUCUGGAUCUGCUCUUUGAGCCGCGAUUGGUCCAGAGGAACCAGGAACACCUGAGAAGCAAGGAACAGCUCUGCUCCGCCUCCGCUGGCCAGGGCCUGGACCAAUCAGCAUGCUCCACCUUCCAGCUCAUGAGGGGGUGGAGCUCUGAGUCACGGAGAGCAGAGUCUAUGAGAGAAGGGGCGGAGGUUAAAAAGGAAGGAGGCGGGGUGGGGAACAGAGAAAGGUUGGGGCUGAGACGAGAGGGGACGUGGCCUAGGAUGGAAGGGGUUGGAGAGAGAGGGAGGAGAGAGGGGAUGAUGCAGAGGAUGGGGUCGAGGAGAGAGGGGGUGGGUAUUGAUAGUUUGGGGGCGGGGCUUGUAGAAGCACAGCCAAUGACAACUGAAGUAGGGACAGGAUUUGCAAACCUGUGGAGAGAGAGCGGGAGGGGGAAGGGCACAGGAAAGAGAGUGAAGGGGGUGGGAGGAGUAAGCCAUGAGGAGGAGGGAGAGAAGGAAGAGAGGAGGAAGGGUAUAGAGAGGGAUUGGGCGGAGGAGGGUCGUCAGCAGCAGGAGCGUGAUCGCCAGGCGGGCUGGUGGUACCAGCUCAUGCAGAGUUCCCAGGUCUACAUCGACCAAUCAGCUCAGGGUGGGUCAAAGUUCGUUAAGAGCGAGAAGAGGAAGAAGUCUGCAGAGAGGCGGAGCCAGAGUCAGCACCCACUCCCCAGGAAGGGUGUUGUGGAAGGGGCAGAGUCUAGCCAGGAAGAGGAGGUUCUUAGGGAGAGAAGCAGGAAGAGCAGCUCCAGUGGUGAGUGGACGGGGUCCAGAGGAAGAGGAAGACCAUCCUGGAUGGGGAGUCCCCCAGAGUCAGUGCUCACCCAGGACAAGGAGAAAGAGAAGGAUCCAGGAACCGCAAGGGCCACAGAAGCCACAGCGACCCAGCCAGCAGCCCAGACUGAAGACCCCUCCCAGGGCCAGAGCAUGCGCUGGGUCAGACUGUUUGGGUCCAGCAUGGGUGGUGGUGGCCCCCCCUCCAGGCCAGAUGGAGCAGAGCAGAGACCAUCCAAAAGCAAGAGGAGCAGCAGGCUGCCGUCUGGAUGGCUGACAGGUCUGGACAUGUCCGUGCUGGACCUCUUAGCCCAGACGGUGGGGGUGGGGACAGUGAAGAGGGUGGAGCCUUCAGCUCCUCCGGCCCCUCCCACUCUGAACCAACCCUCUCCACCUCCUCAGCCGCCACAGGAGACCCAAACCAAACAGCUGUGUGAGGUGCGUGCCCUGUGCCACCACAUAGCCACAGAGCCUGACCAGCUGAGUUUCCAUAAAGGUGACGUACUGAGUGUCCUGAGCCGGGCUGACUCCGACUGGCUCCUCUGCUCCCUGGGGGCCCAGCGGGGCCUGGUGCCUUUCAUCUACGUUACCCUGAGGGGUCUGGAGGAUAGCCAGGCGCCCCAAGAGCCUCAGGGGCCACUCUGACCUGACCGACUCAACUAGGAUUCCAAAAUUCAGGUUUUCCAGGAAUCCUGGUUGGGAGAUUCCUGGAAUCAGGAGGGAAUAAGUAGGACAUCUGUAUAUCCUCCAACCGCGGGAUUUCGGGAAAGUUGUCGGAGCCCUAGACUUGCAACCCUAGACUGAACCCAGGGCCCAGAGGCCACAGUAGAGGAUAAGGGUGGAAGGUGGAUAGGGGAAAAGGAUUCAGAGGGCCAAAGAUGGAUAUACAGCAUACUACAGCACAAGACGAUGGGAUACUCAUGGAGAAGAGACCUUGAUAUGACUGGUUUAAAGUGUAAUUAUGGUACUAUGGAGAGGCGUAUGAAACACACACACACACACUCACAGACAUAAACAUGCAUUAAUGUGCAAGCAUGCAGGCACAAAUACGCUAUACUUCCCUAUGUAUGAAUGUCCACUAAACUCACACACACACCAAACUGCCUGGGGAUAUUUUACAGAAAGGAGACAAGGCUAGCUACUGACUGCCUUGGCCCCAUCACAUACUGUAUAUUAUCCCUAGCUGUGUUUUACUUUACCAUGCUACAGAGUAUACUCUAUCUAUCAUUCAUCUAGCUGUGCCAGUCUUUGAAUGCCAAUGCUAUGCUAACGCGCUAAUGCUAAUGCUAGUUCUAAUGCUAGUGCUAAUGCUAGUGCUAAUGCUAAUGCUAGUUCUAAUGCUAAUGCUAGUGCUAAUUGUUAAUGAAACAUUUCAGAGACUGGUUAAAGGACUUGUCAUCCAAUGGAUCCACGCCGACAUGCUUUUCUCUGAGGUUCAUUCACCCAGAGAUCCCCUGCUUUGUAGUAGGACGUAAGUAGGAAAAGUAGUUUUGUUAUAAAACAGAAAAUAAAAGCUUUCUCAGUGUGUGUGAUACAGCUGUCGACGAUCUCCACAUCUCUUUGUGGAGUAAAUACAAAUGGACAACAGGUUUAAACUCGCAUCUUCAUUACAAAUGGACAACCGGUUUAAACUCGCUUCUUCAAUCUCCAGAUUCCUGAUUUUCAUCAUCUUGUUAACGCUAUGGGUGCGUUCCUCUGCCCAGGCGUUGCUGACGCAUGCCAGAUCUUACAAAUUUGGAUACGUAUUUUACGUAUCGGCUAACCACAUCAUCUGUAUGUUAUAGCAAUCUGUCAGGACGUGGCACCACCAAUGAUUACCAACGAUGAACUGUCAAACCUGACUCUGAUUGGACAAGCCCAAUAACAUCCUCUGGCUCCUCCCUUCACAUCCUGUUGUUUUGAUGGAUGGGACGAACUGACCUAUCACUGCAAUUGUCAGGAAAGAAAAGGGCAGAGCCGGGCCAAGUGCAUGUAACCUAGCAACAGACGGACAACGUUUUGUGUCUUCUUACAGUGUCUUCACCCCUGUUCUGACCCCAAAACCCUAGCUCCUCCCACCUACCCCGCCUCUCUACCCCUUAACCAAUACAACUGCACCGCUUUAGGUGGAGCUGCAGUACCACGAUUACAGACUAAACCAAGUGAUUCAAUAAGCUUUGAACUCUUGUCUAUAUAUCUAUCCAUACGCACUGUAAAUGCAUAUACUUACACACGCUUAUUUAUUGACUAAUGAUGAUGUCAUGUAUCAUUGUUGAGGGGGAAAAAAACGUGUGAAUGGAAAGGCAGUAGAGGUGGAUAAAGAAGGAAGGAUGUCCAAUGAAAACAACGUAUGACUUUGGAGGUGUGUUUAGGUGUUCUUAACGGAAUGUGUUGUUUGGAAAGGCUGUAUAAUCACCAUGGCGACCCCAACCCCACCCGAACCUCCCUAUUGUAAAAAUGGGUCUACUCUAAUGAGAUAAAUCAUGUAUAUCAACGUUUUUUUUUUUAAAUGCUUCAAAUUAUUCAGAUUGGUAGUAUGUAACGAGAAAGAGAGUCAUUUUUCUUGUGUAUGCCUUAAAGUCCCUGAGAAAGAACCACAGAGAGGGCUGCUGUGUUAGAGGUAUCUAGCGUCUGACUAUGCCUGUGGUCCCUACAUGAUUCUUAUAUAUGUGACGGUGCGUCCAACCAGCCACUUUCCCUGGGUUUCAGUCGGAAAAACAGUAUAUAUUUUCUCUGGUAAUAGAAAAAAGUAUAUGGCUAUUUUUUAGGGUGGGACUCUUAAAAUUAACCCCAACACAUUUCUUGGUGGCUUUGUAGGCAUUUGUUGGUGUCAGGAGUGGCCUUAGGUUCAGAUUGAGCUGUACAGGAAACUAGAGCUGGCAAAAAAAGUUAGGGAUUAGGUUUAAACCCUAUAUAUCAAAACCUUGUGGAUUAGGCCUUAGAUUAGGGUUUUUGUUAGAGCCAAAAUUAUCAACAAUGAAAUUAUGUAAUGUAACUUUUUUUUAAAUAUAUGGGUUUAGCGAAACAGAAAAAUUGCAAGGACGAAUUCACACUGGACAAGAGUUAGGCCUCGAUUCAAUCAGACCAAUAGUUAAUUUAGCUUGUAAAUGAUACUGUAUUAUUAUUAUUCAAAAUUAUUUGUUGAAAUGUAUUUAGUUCUUCUGUUAUUCUCUUUUGUUGUACAGUUUUAUUUUAUUUUAUUUUUUUGUAAAUUCCUUUGGAUUCUGCAUAAAUAAUUUAAAUAGUUUGUUAGCUCUGAAUUGUAAAUAUAUUUAAUUUCUUCAAUAAUGAUUUUUUUAAAAGAUAGAACUAGAUAUGAGGUAUGGUUAUGUACAAAACAUUUGGAACACAUUCCUAGUAUUGAGUUGCAACCCCUUUUGACCUCAGGAUAGCCUCAAUUUGUCGGGGCAUGGACCCGACAAGGAGCUGAAAGUGUUCCACAGUGAUGCUGGCCCAUGUUGACUCCAAUGAUUCCCACAGUUGUGUCAGGUUGUCUGGAUGUCCUUCGGAUGGUGGAUCAUUCUUGAUACACGCGGGAAACUGUUGAGCGUGAAAAACCCAGCGACGUUGCAGUUCUUGACACAAAUCAGCGCGGCCUGGUACCUACUACCUACCGUACUCUGUUUAAAGGCACUUAAAUCUUUUGUCUUGCCCGUUCACCCUCAACGGCACACAGACACAAUCCAUGUCUGAAUUGUAUCAAGGCUUAAACAUCAUUAUUUAACCUGUUUCCUACCCUUCAUCUACAUGUCUCCUCCCCUUCAUCUACAUGUCUCCUCCCCUUCAUCUACAUGUCUCCUCCCCUUCAUCUACAUGUCUCCUCCCCUUCAUCUACACUGAUGGAAGUGGAUUUAACAGGUGACAUCAAUAAGGGAUCAUAGCUUUCACCUGGUCAAGUCUAUGUCAUGGAAAGAGCAGGUGUUCCUAAUGUUUUGUACACUCAGUGUAUAUUAAUACAUUAUUGCAUUAAUAACAAACAUUUGUAAAUGUGAGUUAGUAUCAUGUUAUGGGCAUGGUGAAUGGACAGCUAUGGGGAUAAAUGCCUGCCAAGAG